GAGAGUUUGGAAGCCAAAAGCUGCAGGUGACUCAGGUGCCUGCGGGAGUUUCGGGAGAAGGAGGCAUUCAUCCCAGAACUGAAUCUAGAGCCCUUAACCCUCUAAGAACCUAGGAAUCCACGCAGCCCGGACUAUUUCAUUCAACUGUCCCCGGAACACAGUCGGCAGGUCCAUGGCUGGCAGGCCUGUGCCCCCCGGACGCCAGGAGGAGGAAACUACCAAAGACCCUGGGCUGAAACUAUCACCGGUGAGGCCUCCAGGCCACCUGCCCAGUAUUGAUGAGGCCCGACUAGCAAGUCUGGGCCCGUCCUCCCGCCGUGGCUCUGUGCUGGGCCCAGCCUCCUCCUUCUCACGUCGCAACUCGCUGGCAGGACCCCUAGCAGGUCCUGGGGGUCGGCGACCAUCUCUGGGCCCAGUGCCUCCUCUGGGUUCAAGGGUUAGCUUCUCGGGGUUGCCCCUGGCCCCCCUCCGUCGGCUGGCGCCCUCCUACCGCAUGGAGCCCGCGCCCGGGGAGCGCUGGGAGGCCAGCCGCAUGCAGCACUCGAUGGAAGCUACGCUGGCCGCCCGGCUGGGCAACGCGCACUACGCGGAUGCCGAGGCGGGGCCUCUGGCUCGUGAGCUGUGCGAGCUGGUGCGUGUGCGCCUGCGUGAACUCUGUCCCCCGCGCUACAAGCUCGUGUGCAAUGUGGUGCUAGGGCCCCGCGCUGGCCAGGGUGUGCACGUCGUCAGCCGUGCGCUCUGGGACACCGAGCACGACGGGCUGGCCUCCGCUGCCUUCACCAAUGCCUCCCUCUUCGCCGUGGCUGUAGUGCACGGGCUCUACUGUGAGUGAGGAGGCCUCCCAGUU